AUGGCUGCGACCGACUGGUACGCGCACAAGUCGCUGGAAAACGGCGUGUUUUGGAUCCAGGAACGGUUUUAUGAAUCGGGGAACAGGGCGAAUAUCUGGCUCAUUCGCGGUUCUCAUCAGGACGUCGUCAUAGACACCGGCCUGGGUUUACGGAGCCUGCCUGAAUACAUCCAAGAGAAAUCGCUGCUCGGGGACGACGCGAAGCGUAAAAACCCGCUGUUGGCCAUCGGCACACAUGUGCAUUUUGAUCAUUCGGGUGGGCUGCAUCAGUUUCAACAGGUGGGCGUGCACAAAGCGGAGGUGGACGCUCUGGCCAACGGUGACAACUUCGAGACCGUGACAUGGCUCUCUGACCGCGAGAUUGUGGAGGUUCCUUCGCCUGGAUGGAGAGCCAGGCAAUACAGAGUGAAAGCGGUCACACCAACCCAUAUAUUACAAGAAGGCGACGUUAUCAACCUUGGCGACCGGCAGCUUUCUGUUCUCCACAUGCCGGGCCAUUCCAGAGGAAGCAUUUGUCUCCAUGACAAGGAGAGCAAAAUGUUGUUCAGUGGAGACGUGGUCUAUGAUGGUUCCAUGAUUGAUUGGCUUCCCUACAGCCGGAUCAGCGACUACAUCCAUAGUUGUGAAAGGCUUGUGGAAAUGGUUGAUAAAGAGGAGAUUGACCAGGUCAUGCCUGGCCAUUAUAACACUUUUGGGGGGAAGCGGCUACACCGGUUAGCCUCCAACUACAUCGCUAGUGCCGGCACCUGCCACAGAGCUUCCACCAGUGUGGUGAAGUCCAUUGCCAGCCUGGCACUUCGAGCGUCUAACUCAAGAAGUGCCUGCUAG